AUGCCUACCCACUACACGAUCCCCAAAACUCAGAGAGUUGCCAUUAUCGAGGAAACCGGAGGAAGUAUUGUGAUCAAGAAUGAUUGGCCGGUCAAGUCACAAGCGGAGCUUGCCCCCGGAGAAUGUCUGGUCAAAAUGGAAGCUACCGGCUGUUGCCAUACUGAUCUCCAUGCUGCGUUGGGUGACUGGCCUCUGAAAGCUAACAUCCCACUCAUCGGUGGACACGAGGGUGUCGGUAUCGUUGUCGCUAUUGGAGACAACACUGCCAACUCUCCCGUAAAACUUGGUGAUCGUGUUGGUAUCAAAUGGCUUGCGGACUCUUGCCUGAACUGCGAGGACUGCCGUAAUGGCCUUGAGCAGACUUGCCUGGAUGCUAAACUGAGCGGUUUCAACGUCGACGGGACUUUCUCUGAAUACGCCGUUUCAUACGUCAACCAUGUCACUCCGAUUCCCGAUGGUUUCCCCUCCGAUGCCGCGGCCUCCAUUCUCUGCGCUGGUGUCACCGUCUACCGCGCUAUCAAAUACAGUCAGACUAAUGCUGGCAACUGGAUUGUCCUACCAGGUGCAGGAGGAGGUCUAGGCCACCUUGCCAUUCAAUAUGCCAAAGUUCGCGGACUCCGCGUUAUUGCUAUCGAUAGCGGCGAGGAGAAGAAGGAACUUUGCAAGAAGCUCGGUGCUGAUGUCUGGAUCGACUUCAAGGAGAGCAAGGAUAUCGUCGCGGACGUCAAGGCCGCUACAAACGGACUCGGUGCGCACUCAGCCGUGGUUACGGCUGCGUCGAGCUCCGGGUAUACCCAAGCUGUCGACUACCUCCGUAACGGUGGUACCCUCAUGGCUGUCGGUUUGCCCGGAGAGGCUAAGCUCGAGGCCUCUAUCUUCUUCACUGUCUUCAAGAGCAUAAGCAUUCUUGGGUCCUAUGUUGGUAACCGUCAAGACGCCAGGGAGGCUAUGGACAUCGCCGCUCGCGGCGAAGUCAAGGUCCACUUUGUCUGCAAAGAAAUGGACGAGCUUAAGGACGUGUACGAAGGCAUGAAACAGGGCAAAGUCGCUGGUCGUAUUGUCUUCGAUCUCAAGAAGUAA